GCUCAUUUAGCUAAAGUGGCUCUAAUUGUUUUUGAAAGAACACAAGCGGUCUUUAGUUACAUUCCAAUCGUUUCUUAAGCUUUAGCAAGGAGAAGAUCGUCUGCUUCAAAAAAAAAAAAAAAAAAAUCAAGUAGAAGAUCGUCAUACUUCUUGCAUUGGCUAGAUGGGAGCACAGGCACACAACGGCAGAUCUUUUGAUCCAAAAGUCUGCUCAAGUGUAGGAGGAGGGGAGGAAUAUGACAACGGAACUUUAGAGCCUCCAAGAAUUCUGGCAAUUCUUGCUUCAACACUUGAAAAAUCCAUCCUCAAGAAUGAAAAGCUACUGAAAGCAACAAAUGUGAAAGAUGUCAUUACAAUUUUCCAUGGUUUAAGAGCACCUGAAUUGAGCAUUAGGCAGUAUAUUGAGCGCAUAUUCAGGUAUGCCAACUGCAGCCCCUCUUGCUUUGUUGUUGCAUACAUCUAUAUGGAGAGAUUCCUCCAUCAGACAAAUGGUUACUUGACAUCCCUCAAUGCUCACCGGCUUCUGAUCACCUGCUUCAUGCUGGCUGCCAAAUUCGUCGAGGACGAGUGUUACAACAAUGCAUAUUAUGCAAAAGUAGGAGGAAUAAGCACAACAGAAAUGAACAGGUUGGAGAUGAAGUUGUUGGUUGCCAUAGAUUUCAGGCUGCACGUGAGUGUCGAGACAUUUGAUGAUUACUCCUUUCGACUAGAGGAUGAGGCUUCAAGGGGGCAAUACAGAAUCGAAAGGCCUUUUCGACUGUGUGGACUGGGAAAAGGUUCUAACAACAAAGAUGGCUCUGGCCUUUCCCCCAAAGUACCAGGAUACACUUGCAGAGCCACCUAAAUAUUCUCAAAGCAGCAGGAUACACUUGCAGAGAAACUGAAGGUUAUGACUUCAAACUCCUUUUAAACAUAUUGAGAAAAUGGAGAUGUUCAAUGUAAUUGAGAAAAUCAUGGUUAAAAUGUAAGCUCUAGUUGGCCUGCUUCCAAUUGAA